AUGAAGACGGUCACAGGCCCAGACAGAAGGGGGACAGCAGGUUUGGUAGAAGCAGGGCUGAGACAAGUGACAGGUGCAGCUAGCUAACACAAGCCUGGGCCAGAGACGUGACAGACAGACAGACAGUAGCUAAACACCUAGAGGAGGAGUAGUGUGCUGUACGUGUGGACAGAUUGACAGGAUGCCAGGGCUGGAUGGAGAGUAUUAAUGUAUAUCACUGUCACUGCUGCUGUUGUAGUAGUUAGGUAGAAACAUGGGCAGUGUUCAACCAACACCCCCCCCCCCCCCCCCUCUCUGCCGCAUCCAGCCUGGUAAUGUUUAAUGGCAGCUGGACAGGGUGAUAUACAGUAGACUGGCUGUAAUAAAAGAAAAGGGCAGGAAGGCAUAUAUUACCAUUCAUUAAUGAAGGUACGGUACAUGUUUCUUUUUCAAAGAAAUCUAUCUGGUGGUAAUUAGUGUAGGCUAUACAAUAAUGAUAAGUCCAUGGAACAGCAGAAUGGGUGAAAAGCUAUAUUUGUGUUGUUAGUCUCCUGUUUAUUGAAAUCCUUAUUCAAUUUAUUGUAAUUGCAAAUAUAAGCUUCCUGCCCUUUCAGCGUUGUCCUGGGGAAAUUGUGCUUCAUAAAAGGAGAGAACAAGUGAAUACAGUAUGUCUCUGUACAGUAUGUGAAGCCCCUAUAGAUCUGCAUCGAUGUGAUCCUCCCUUGCAAAUCACAGUAUUUCGCGCUGGCACUGGCUGUACUCCAAUAGUUAGCUGCUGUUGCCCGGCAACAUACACCACAGUUCAACUCAGCUUGGGCACCCAGUCGAAGUGAGCUCCCAUCUCACCCCCCCCCCCCCCCCCCUCUCUCUCUCUCUCUCUCUCUCUCUCUAGUGUGUUUUCACCAUGCCUGGUAUUCUCUCCCUCAUUACUGUCUUCCAUUUCUCUCCCUCUAAAUCCUCCCUCCUUUUCUCAGUUUCUUCAAAUGUUUCUUUAUCUCUUGCUCUCCUCUACUCUCUCAUCCCUCUCUCUCUCCCCCUCUCUAAUGUCCACCAGUAUCUCCCUGACUUCUCAGUCUUUUAGCGUUAGAGAGUAUCAGAAGGACAGUACUGUCUGUUGUGAUAAUACAUACACUAAGGGAAUUAUGCACACUAACAAACACAUACAGACAUGUCUACAAACACACCAGGCAUGCAGGAUCUCUAGUCUCUUUAUUAGGCACAGCACCUACCACUGCGGUUCUACCAUUAGGGCUCUUUGAGUCUAUUUGAGUGGCUGUUCAGUGACGUCUGUCGGUUAGACUGAGUCACAAACGCACCAGACAGGCCACUGAGAUUGUGACACGUUCUCUUGAUCACACAGAUCUGCCUCAUCUCGCUCCUGCUAGCAGUGAGAACACUAUCUGGUUUAUAGCGUUGAGGGGGAACACUUAGGAGCCUCAAAAUUCACUAGCACAUACAGUGUGUCCUUUUACAAACAUUAAGAAACAGGCACAUUUAUUUGCUCCAAGUAAUUGCACAAACUCGUACAUAUACUGAGUGUACAAAGCAAUAGGAACACCUUGCUAAUAUUGAUUUGCACUCAGAACAGCCUCAAUUCAUCAGGGCAUGGACUACAAGGUGUGGAAAGCAUUCCACAGGGAUGCUGGCCCAUAUUGACUCCAAUGCUUCACACGGUUGUGUCAAGUUGGCUGGAUGUCCUUUGGGUGGUGGACCAUUCUUGAUACACACAGGAAACUGUUGAGCGUGAAUCACCCAGCAGUGUUGCAGUUCUUGACACAAACCGUUGCGCCUGUCACCUACUACCAUACCCCUUUCAAAGGCACUUAAAUCUUUUGUCUUGCCCAUUCACCCUCUGAAUGGCUCACUUACACAAUCCAUGUCUCAAUUGUCUCAAGGCUAAGAAAUCCUUCUUUAACCUGUCUCCUCCCCUUCAUCUAUACUGAUUUGAAGUGGAUUUAACAAGUGAAAUCAAUAAGGGAUCAUAGCUUUCACCUGGAUUCACCUGGUUAGUCUGGCAUCGAGUGUUUUGUACACUCAGUGUUUAUUUGGAAACACAAUACAGUCAGGUAUACACACCUACAGUAUAUGUAAGCACAGAGACAAACACAUUAACAUUCACCGUUCAGGCAAAUACACUAGCCCAAAACACAAACGCACACAGACAUACACUAACAUGGACUUUCACACACAUGCACAGACACAGUGCACAGAUAAAACAAACACACACGCACACACACACACACACUGUUGACUGGGAUUCAUUUACCCCAGUGAAAAUCUCAUGCCAGGCCAGGGCUCAUUAUCCCAGCAGCAGGAACAUGAGAGUUCUCUCUUUUCCCCCUCUAGUCAAGCAUCCAUUAUUUAGCAACAUGUUGAUUACAUUGAGCCUCAGCUCGGAGAUCUCUCUGCUCUCUCUCUUCCAUUCCACCAGCGCUCAGCUCAGCAGCUCCCCAUAACCACAUGCACUGAGCAACACAAAUCUCUAGCCGACAAACUUGGCCAUAUUGCUAUAUUGCACUGUGUGUGUGUGUUUGUCUCAGACAACCAUAUUGAAGGGGGUGGAGCACCACUCUGCUUUAGGUCAUGGUUUCAGCUGGCAUUUAUUAUUACAUUUCAGUCAGCAACAGGUUUAGAGCCGAGACACUGGUGAGGGAAUCUCUAUCCAAUCAAAUACUUGUAUAGGUUUGUACAGUAGUGUGUGGUCCUCUGUAGCUCAGCUGGUAGAGCACGGCGCUUGUAACGCCAAGGUAGUGGGUUCGAUCCCCGGGACCACCCAUACACACAAAAAAAUGUAUGCACGCACGACUGUAAGUCGCUUUGGAUAAAAGCGUCUGCUAAAUGGCAUAUUAUUAUUAUUAUUAUUAUUAUUAGUGUUACUGGGUGAUGAAAACCCCAGGUCUAUAUAGUUGUGAGUUCACAGUUGCAUUGUCCUAUGGGUCAAAGGACCUGCCUGAUGUGUGCUGGUUUUCAUUCUAACUGGUCCGUGAUAUAAGAGCACAACGGUGUUGGAUUUAGUAUCCAAUCUGAAUCAAACAUAAUUGUCUAUGACCGAUUGAUUGGAAUGCAAACCUUCUUUCAUAGUAAGGCUGCAGGUCCAGCAAUGAGAAAGGCUGCUGCAUCAGUAAGCGUGGCUAAAUUAUUUUGGUUUAAACCUUUUAUAUUAUGCAGCAUGCAAAGCCAACACCAAAGUCUUCGCCCACUGACAUACACAGAUCAGCUUCUAUGCAGAAAAGUCCCUUUGUUGCUCCCAAAGCAAUGGAUGUGAUGUUUUUCAGAGGAUGUCUGCUAGAUAGGUACUGUCUUAUUCAUGGUGUUAGAUUUGUAUUAACGACCCAGUGAAGUUAUUCCUUCAAAUUAAAGUUUUGUUUCCUGUCGUAUUACAGUAAUAUUGGCUUUCACAUCAAAAAUUACUGCACCCCCUGUUGGAAUACAAUACCAUCAGUUCCCUCUUUUUAGGGAUUGGAAAUACAUACAGUAACUACUCAGAUAGUAGUGGUAAAUAAUGCCCAUUUUACUCUAUGUUGAGCAGACUUUUGUUAAACUGUUUAUACAUACUUCAGAAUAUGGAUUUUUGAUUUUUAUAGAUUGUAAAUUUACAGCGAUUAAUAAAUUAUAAUAAACUGUGGACGCAUCCAUAAUUAAAGUAGGUCACAAUUUGGGAGGAUUUGUUUCAGCUUGACAGCAUUCUGUCAUGCAUUCUGAGACAGAACUUUCCGCUCUGCAAUUUAUGCAUAAAGAAAAAAGAGUUUGACUUUCUUUAAGGUGUCUUGAAGGGCGGGGUAAGCUUUAUGCAUAUAAGCACCAAAACUGAACGGGCUGAGCAGUUGUAACCAAAGUAUUGGAGGAUAGAGUAUCUGUAUUAGGCAUUUGUUGUAACUUGAAUUGUAGAAGCCGGUACAAUGAAGACAUCUAACUAACCUGUGGCGAUCCCUUGUUGUGUCCUCAUAGUGGCACACAAACAUUCAGCACCAGCACGAACUGAAACAUGGGACUGGUCGCCCGAUUCAGCACCACGGCCGUUGAACAGCGCCACACCAGGCAGCUCCUAAUGAAAUGUUUCAACGCACCUGUGUUGGGCUCUGUGCAGGUCUGCUGAUAGACACUCUGCAAUGCUUUUAUUGCAAUACUGCUCUCAGGCUAUUUGGUAUCCGGUUUCCCCCUGUGAGCUGGCUGUACAAUUGAUGCUCGGUGUUCAACUGAUAUACAGUGUGCUGAUAUACAGUGUGAGGGUCUCUAAGGGGAGUGGUCUUUGUUUCCUGUCUCAUGAUGGUUUGAUUUGAUGAGUCUGUUUCUUCUUCUCAUUGGCUCUCAUCUACCCCACCUCCUAUAUCCAGGUCCCUCAGCAUUUGGAUAGGAUUGUACUGUACUACAUGAAGUCAUGUUCCCUGUACAAUACAUCCCGCAGAGGGAACUAGCGUCAUAGGAAGGACAAGCUAGCCAAUGUAGAAUAAACCUCUGCAUCAUCAAUCUGGACCAGAGUUAAAGUAGCUUGCAAACAUUAUCACAUAAAGUAAUUGGCCAGCUAUUAUAAUUUUUUUAACAAGACAUUAUGCGAUUAGAAUUCUUUGGGAUCUGUUCCCAGUGCUUAACUUUAGGUGUGAAGUAUUUGUGUCCUAGUCUCAGAGCAGGUGAUUACGAUCUGUCUUCUCGUCCCAUUGGGGUGUGUUGUCUCACUGUGCUGUCUCACUGUGUUGUCUCUGUUUUCUCCUCAGCCGUGCCCUUCCCCCUGAGUCAUCACCUCACAUUGAAGGAGGUGUUUGACAGUGAGGGGAAGCCCAGGGUGGACCUGCUCAAAGCCCACCUCACCAAGGAGGGCCGCGUGGAGGAGGCCGUGGCACUACGCAUCGUCAAUGAGGGCGCCGCCAUCUUGCGCCAGGAGAAAACCAUGCUGGACAUAGAAGCACCAGUCACAGGUGAGGAAUAGAGAUCACCUUUACAUUAGACUUUGGUGAGACAAAUGUUGACUAACAUUCACAGCGUUCAUAUCAUGGUCCAACAGCGUGAAGGAAGGAAGAGAGUCAAAAUGUUGAAGACAGAACUGUCAGAAUAGAUAUGAUUUAUUCUGGUUAUUUGGUCCAGUGGCGAGUGAGAAAGAGUAUUAUGAAUGACUAGGUUGCUGUGAGAGUGGGUCUGUGGGCUUAAAGUGCUUCAUACUGAGGGACUCUUUUAUAAGCAGGUUAGCGUAAGAGUGAGUCUGAGCUCUAGAGUAAACCUGCACUGUAGAACAGUUGGUAUUUUGGCUAUCUGGGAGAAUGUACUUUAGAUUGAUGUAUACAUGUAUGUCUGUGUGUAUGUAUGAAGGUGUAUGACUGUACUAUGUCUAUGAGCAAAAACUAGUAGGCAAGUAGAGUGCCUGAAAGUGAAACAGAAAGACAAGAGACUGGGAGUGAGUGUGCAAAUGAAUGACCUGAAAUACAAAAAUAAACUCCAAAGCACCUGACGAGUUGAAAUUAAGAUGAAGAGACUCUCUAUAUGCAGAGUCCCAUAGCAGGUAGCUGUCACUUUCAAGUAUUAUCUGUAUUAUAGUCAUGGACGAAGAAUAUAUUUUUCAAGCACGUCAAGCGCUCUGCAUCUCUCUUUAUCUUUCUUUUCAAGUAUCAGAGCAUCAAUGUUGAGUGUUGUUUGAAGAUACCUCUCAGACAGGGAUGGGCAGGCGCUUAUACAUGAUGAGGACCACAGUAUAUUGAGGCUUGUUCAACCAAUCAUAGAAAUGCAGCUGUUUGUCACCUCACCUGCAUAUGAAGGGUUUGAUUCCAAAACGCGAUAAAUGCACAUUUUUCACAUUUGCAUUUUUUCAUCUGAAAUUAAUGCUCAUGGGUCUCUUUCUAUGGACAUUUACUUCAGAUGUGCUUUAGAAUGUGUUUUGUUGCAAAACGUGAUUUCCCGACACUGCGCUAUGUCCUGAGCCAUGUGUUUAGACAGUUGGGACAUUGAGGUUUCUGCAUUAUGAUGCAUUUACAUGACACUACCACAUUCUAUGGCAGCCAUGUUAGCUCCCGUUAACAGAAUGAGCAUUAUGAUGCAUUUAGCCUACAUGACACUUCAAACACUUCAGCCAUGUUAGCACCCCAUUAACAUUACACAUGGCAUUUAUUAAAAAACAAUAUUACAACAAUAUUACAAAUUCUAAAAGUUGGCCAAACUGUGUAUAUGUUUGUGUAUAUGGCUCUGGCUAUAUCCACUGUCCAGAUGCAUGGAACAUUCCAUAUGGUUUUUGUCGCUGGCGCAAAAGUCAGUCAUUUAGCGAAUCAUUUCCAUUAUAUUUGUCUGUUCAGUCGUAAGUUAGUUUUCUCUAAAUAUAUUUUCCACACUUAGGAACUUAGUCAUCCAGAUGUGGUGAUAGACAGCUGUCACUCUCAGCUGUUAGCCAGCUGGCUACCUAGCGUUACGUUAGCUUUGAGCUCUUCGCUUUGCUCACACUUCGCCGCUAUUGCAGUCGUUGCAUCCCAGCGAUUGGUUCACGUUCAUAGAUCUGAAGGAUGCGUAUUUCUAUGUGGCUAUACAUCCUCCCCACAGAAGGUUUCUGAGGUUUAAUUUCAAGGGUGUGGCCACCGAGUUUCUGGUCCUGCCUUUCGGGCUCUCCCUAUCACCCCGCACCUUUUCUAUGGUAGUGGACGUGGCUUUGACACCGGUGUGGUGCCAGGGGAUCUGCGUAUUGACCUAUCUGAAUGAUUGGCUGGUCAUAGCGGAGUCGAGGGAACAGGUAGAGCUCCACACUGCUACACUGAUUUCCCAUAUUCAGACUCAGGGGUUCAUAGUGAAUCACGAGAAAAGUUGUUUGACUCCGGCUCAACACAUUCAGUUUCUGGGUCUCAUUCUGGACUUUGGUUCUGAAUCAUGUGUUUUGUCUGAACAGUGGAGAGUCGCAUUCUGGCUCUGUCUGGCACAGUUUCAGCUGGGGCACUCUGUGCAUUUUCAUUUGUGCCAGUGAUUAUUGGGUCUGAUGACCUCUAUGAUAGCUGUGGUGCCUCUUGGACUUCUGUUGAUGCGUCUGUGUCAGCGCUGGUUGAUUGCUACGCAUCUGGAUGCAUCUCGCUACUGCCAUCAGUUGCUCAAGGUAUCCCCAUCGUGUCAAAGGGCGUUGACUCCUUGGAAGGACCCGUGUUGGCGGUGGCGUGCAUCAACAGGUAGGGAGGGAGGCGGUCUAAAGGUCUUCACGGUUUCAACAGACCCGAAAUUCAGAGAUCUGACCUGGGACCCAGGGCGGAUCCGGGUCCUAAAUUCAGACUUUUGUCUCGGAUCUGGGUCGGGUCUGAUAUAAUUGCCACAGGUCUCGGGCAUGUGCAAUUAAAAUUGAUUUACCGACUGGACCCGAUUGGACGUCCUCUGUUAAUGUAGUGUUUGUGUGACGAGAACUGCGCGAGCUUGUUAUCUGUGUCAGCCAAUUGAAACUCAAUAAAACAUACAGCUUAUGUCCAGCUGAAACUGGUUCCGGCUGCUCACCUCACUUACGCCUGCUGCUGAGGAGAGAGAGAGAGAGAGAGAGAGAGAGAGAGAGAGAGAGAGAGAGAGAGUGAGUAAAAGGAGCCUUGGCCUAGGCUACUGUUGAUUGCGAAGAUGGAGUCCUUUUUUGUUGAAGUAAAACAAAAGUUAGAGGAGAAAGAGCAUAGUGAAACGAAGCUGACAAGGGGAAGGUCCUCGGGGACGACAAGGGGAAUGUCCUCGGGGACAAGUUUUGAUAUAGCAGUGGACAAAGAUGUGAAGAACACUGGGUGGCCAAAUGGACUAUGUGCCACUCGCUAUUGAGGUUGGAUGCAAUUUUCUACCUUUUAUUUAUUUUUGUAUAUAUUAUCAAUUGUUUAGUCAUUAUUAUUAUUGUAAAUCAUUGUUAUUAUUAUUAUAAUUAUAAUUGUAGGCCUAUUUAAUAAUCUAAACCAGUUCUUUAAAUAGUUUGAUUUUGUUGAGACAUUUUUGUUAGCUAAAUUAAGUUCUAAAGGCAGUGCGCACCGGCACACAAAUAUUAUUUUUACAAUUUGUUUUGUUUGUUUUUAAGGACACGUAACUGUGGAUCAUUUGGCCAAUAUCGCUUCUUUAUUGAUGGCGUUGGCAGGGCCCAGGUUGGAGGUUCUGAAACAGCACGGGUCUGUUUGGGUCUGUUUUCCACUGUCCUUUUCGGAACGGGUCUGACUGUCCUCGGGUCCAUUUGGAACGGGUCUCCGUUUUUUGAAAAUGUAUUUCUGCAUAUUGGGUCGGGUGGGAAAGCCACGGAUCCAUUUCCAACUUUUUGGACCUGUGAAGACCUCUAACUCGGUCUCUCUCUCUCCUACACCUGGCCCAUUAUCCGCUCGCAUGGAGCAGUGCGCAUUUCCUAUCGCUCAGGUUGACGUAUCUUCCCGGGUCUCUCAACGUGAGUGUGGAUCUACUUUCCAGGGGGGUCCUAUCUCUACAGAGUGGAGACUGCACCCCUCGGUGGUUGCCCAGAUAUGGGACCAGUUCGGCAGGUCCGACGUAGAUCUUUACGCAUCGCGAGAAAACGUGCAUUGUCGUCUGUUCUUCUCAAUGAAGGAUCUGUUGGGAAUGGAUGCUUUGGCGUAUUAGUGACCUCUGACCUAUUAGUGACCUCUGAUUAGUUUCCUCCGGUGGACCUGAUCCAGGCCAACGUGGAGAGGGUCCAUCAGGAGGAUCUGUUGUUGGUGCACGGGAGAGUUUGGCACCCACAACCGCAGAUAUGGGAUCUGUGGGUUUGGCCCCUGAAAGGUUGAAUUUGACAGCUAGGGGUUUACCCUCGAACGUGAUUACGACUAUACAGUUGGCACGUGUUUGAGGGUUGGUGUCAGGUGAAAGCAGUUUCUCCUUUUCAGAGAUCUUUGGUGGACAUGUUGAUGUUUUUGAAAGAGAUUUUUGAGCAGGGUAUUUCUUUUUCCACUUUGAAGGUUUAUAUGGCAGCCAUCUCGGCAUGUCAUGUAUGGAUUGACGGCUCUACCCCGGGGUCUCACCACUGGUGGUGCGGAUCCUGAAAGGCGUACGUCGGCUCAGACCAGUGUCUAAGCCUAUGGCACCGACCUGGGACCUGGCUUUGGUCCUGGAUGCUCUGUGUGAACCACUGGAGUGUGGACCUGAAUGUCCUUUCCUACAAGACUGCCCUGCUCAUGGCCUUGGCAUCGCAGUACUCCCUUCCUUGGCAUCGCAGUACUCCCUUCCUGUUUGGAGUUUGCGCCUGGCGACUCCAAAGUGAUGUUACAUCCUAAUGCCGCUUUUGCUCCCAAGGUUAUUGUAUUUCUUACAGGUCCCUGGCUUCCGAGCAGUUGCCUUUCUCACCUCCUCCGCUUUCUUCCAGUGACCAACAGAGGUUGCAUGGCCUGUGUCCGGUGUGCGCUUUCCAAAUGUACACUACAUUAGACACCUGCUCGUCGAACAUCUCAUUCCAAAAUCAUGAGCAUUAAUAUGGAGUUGGUUCCCCCUUUGCUGCUAUAACAGCCUCCACUCUUUUGGGAAGGCUUUCCACUAGAUGUUGGAACAUUGCUGCGGGGACUUGCUUCCAUUCAGCCACAAGAGCAUUAGUGAGGUCGGGCAUUGAUGUUGGGCGAUUAGGCUUGGCUCGCAAUCGGCGUUCCAAUUCAUCCCUAAGGUGUUCGAUGGGGUUGAGGUCAGGGCUCUGUGCAGGCCAGUCAAGUUCUUCCACACCGUUCUCGACAAACCAUUUCUGUAUGGACCUCGGUUUGUGCACGGGGCAUUGUCAUGCUAAAAGAGGAAAGGGCCUUCCCCAAACUUUUGCCACAACGUUGGAAGCACAGAAUCGUCUAGAAUGUCAUUAUAUGCUGUAGCGUUAAGAUUUCCCUUCACUGGAACUAAGGAGCCUGAACCAUGAAAAACAGCCCCAGACCAUUCUUCUUCCUCCACCAAAUUUUACAGUUGGCACUAUGCAUUCGGGCAGGUAGUGUUCUCCUGGCAUCCUCCAAACCCAGAUUCAUCCGUCGGACUGCCAGAUGGUGAAGCGUGAUUCAUCACUCCAGACGCGUUUCUCCAAUGGCGGCGAGAUUUACACCACCAGCCGACGCUUGGCAUUGCACAUGGUGAUCUUAGGCUUGUGUGCGGCUGCUCGGCCAUGGAAACCCAUUUCAUGAAGCUCCUGACGAACAGUUAUUGUGCUGACAUUGCUUCCAGAGGCAGUUUGGAACUCGGUAGUGAGUGUUGCAACUGAGGACAGACGAUUAUUUAGGCGCUACACGCUUCAGCACUCAGCGGUGCCGUUCUGUGAGCAUGUGUGGCCUACCACUUCACGGCUGAGCCGUUGUUGUUCCUAGACGUUUCCACUUCACAAUAACAGCACUUACAGUUGACCGGGGCAGCUCUAGCAGGGCAGAAAUUUGACGAACUGACUUGGAAAGGUGGCAUCUUAUGAUGGUGCCACGUUGAAAGUCACUGAGCUCUUCAGUAAGGCCAUUCUACUGCCAAUGUUUGUCCAUGGAGAUUGCAUGGCUGUGUGCUCAAUUUUAUACACCUGUUAGCAACGGGUGUGGCUGAAAUAGCCGAAUCCACUCAUUUGAAGGGGUGUCCACAUACUUUUGUAUAUAUAGUGUAUAUGGAUAGGACCAAGGAUAUCCGCAUUGUGAGCAGCUUUUGCUAAUCCAGCUCAGGGUAGGGCGCUUUCUAAGCAGCGUCUUUCUCAUUGCAUUGUGGAGGCUAUUACAUUUACAUUUGAGUCAUUUAGCAGACGCUCUUAUCCAGAGCGACUUACAGUUAGUGAAUACAUAUUAUUAUUCAUACUGGCCCCCCCGUGGAAAUCGAACCCACAACCCUGGCGUUGCAAACGCCAUGCUCUAUCAACUGAGCUACACCCCACAAUGGUUGCCUAGCGAUAUGCAUGCUCACUCCACUAGGGGUGUGGCAGCUUCUUGCGCAUUGUUCAGGUGCAUGAUGAUUGGUGAUAUCUAUGCUGCAGCGACUUGGGUUCCCCACAUGCCUUUGUGAGGUUUUAUCGCUUGGCUGUAACUGCUCCCAGUGUGGCUCAUGGUGUUCUUAUGGCUGGGUCCGGGAGUGGGUGUUAGGCAGUGUGGAGGUUGUACAUUUAUCAGGGUUACCACAGUUUUCCUCUGGGUUUGAGCCUCGGGCUGCCGUGGUUCAUCGACUCUGUUUGAUGCUAUGCAGUGUUCUGUUGUUUUGGACUUGCGAUUCCUUGUACGAGUUCUGACAUUUCAGGCUUACAAGGUAAGUAUUGUUCUUGGAACCAUGGGGUGUAUGGACUUGGGCUGCAGUGGCAGCGUGUCAGUGCACAUAGCCAAGUUGCAGCAGGUUCUGGUUCCCUAUAUGGGGCUCUGACAGUUCAGGCCUCAUCAGGCUCUGACAGUUCAGGCUUCUUGGUUAAGUAUUAGGGAAAAAGGUGGCUUCUGUAACCCCUUUUUGGAGUCGGUGAAACCUGUGUAUGCUUGAGCUGCCGUGGGCCUCCUAGUUUGGUACCCUCUGAGCUGUAUGUCCCCUAGUAUGUUAUUCCGAGUGACCGACUGAAAGGGAACGUGCAGUUAUGAAUAUAAUUACUGUUUCCUGAAGGAGGGAACGAGGUAUAACAUAUUUUGUCCCCACAUAUUUGGGCUCACUGAAUUGAGGAAAUGAAUGCGAGCCCCGGUAUUAUAGCCAGGAAGGCGGGGCUUCCGAAGGCGGGCUCAGCAUCCAUUGGCCCGUUGGGAGUGAUUUCAGUUUUCUUCAGGUGAAUAUGAUUGGUUGUUGAUUCCCCAUAGUAUGUUAAACCUCGUUCCCUCCUUCUGGGAAGAAUAGUUAUAUUCAGAACUGUACAGUGACUCCACCCAGCCCACAGUGAUGGUAGAGCUGAACACCCCGACAGUCCGGACUCAUCCACACCACUGAGCAUGAGCACAUCCCAGCCACAGCUGCCUGCCUGCUGGAGCACCCAGGUGGCUCAAAUGGACUAAGAUAACCUUUCAAAAUGCUAGGCACCUUUUGGAUAUUGUAAACGUGGGAAGCCGUUUAGAAGCAAUUGCGAGGGACGGAGAGACGGAAGGACGGAGAGCGUUUAUGUGUGUGUUUGCUGUAGAUAGACAUGUGAAAUAGCUUUCUGAUGGUACUGGGGAACAAUGAUUCAAGUAAUAGUAUUUACCAUUGCGUCUAAUCACAUAGCAGGUAGACCUAUUUACCAUGAUGUCUAAUCACAUAGCAGGUAGACCUAUUUACCAUUACGUCUAAUCACAUAGCAAGUAGAACUAUUUACCAUUACGUCUAAUCACAUAGCAAGUAGACCUAUUUACCAUUACGUCUAAUCACAUAGCAAGUAGACCUAUUUACCAUUACGUCUAAUCACAUAGCAAGUAGACCUAUUUACCAUGACAGUUACUAAAGCAUGCACAAAGCUUCUUGCUUUUAUGAUACGGUCUUGAAAUUAAUAAUAGACGAUUUUCAGGCAUACAUUUUUCGUCUUCAUUUUGGCUUAUCUUACCAAGUCAUUAUGAACAGAGGGUUAGACUAACUCACAACACGUGCACACAAACAACUCGCACACAAAGGCACGAGUCUCACGCACGCACGCAUAGACAAACCUGAAAACACAACAGCACAGCAUAGGCACACUCACUCAUUGGACAUUGCUGGUUCAUUCAGAUACACAUCCUUAUUGUGAUCGGAUUUAAUCUUGCCUCUGUCAUUAGACCAGUAUUCAUGGGAUGCUAGAUGCAGACUAACUUACAUAAUACUGCCUCCAGAAAGGAAGGUAUUGAAGAAUGGUGUGAGAGAGUUACAGAAAAGGGAAAGAAAUAGAGGGAAAGAGAAAGGGAUAGAAAUAGUAAUCAUGGGCUGGGAAACGAGUGAAAGAAAAUAAUGGGAGUAGAGAGAAAAAGAUGGAGAGAUAAUGGAAGAGAGCGAGUGAGAGAGAGAGAGACAGAGGAGGGGGUGGAAGUAGAGGUUCUGUUCUGUGCACAUCAGCCUUUUCUACCCUCCCCCAUGUCUGAAUCCCCUGCCAUACUAAGGCCAUGGAGGAAGAGGAGGGCUGGAGUAAGGCAGUAGAGGACACAGGAACUCACAGUUUACCAUAUUACAUCAGUAGCUAGUGUUCACUUAGACUGGGCUGUAAUGUGAGACCUGACCAAUUCGCUUUGUCAGAUAACUGCCAAUUGUAUAUUUAUCCUGUGUUUAUACAGGUGAUGCCAUUGAGAUUAGAAAUCUAUUUGUACAUGGGGGGUACCUGCCUGUCCUUGUUUGUGUGCUAUAAUUGAGUUUAAAAUAGGAACACUGUGUAUCACCGACAUUAGGGGCCAUAGGUUCUUAUAAAUAUUUUUGUUUCAUUUGGUAUCAGUACCCAUUUUCAUUUAAUUCCUGCUCUGAGAAAGGCAUUGGUUGCCAUUGUGCAGCAUGUGUUAGUUUUCAAGGUAUACUAGGAGUUGUAAACAUGAUGAAUAGACAUAGCCCACUGUACAGAUGGCUCCUCCAACUGGGACUGAGUGAUUGGUGGACAGACUGAUGAAAUGGUUGAUUGAUUGGUGGGAGAUGGUAAAUGGAGACAGGAUACCUUAGUUAGAGUACAGGAGUAGUCCUUUGACCCUCUGGUGAACAAGUGCCACAAAAAUGAGGGUCAUAUGCUUUAUUUAUUUAGCAUGAAAUAUGGAUGAUGAUGUGUGUAUCAGUGCAUAGACAUUCUUAAGAAUAGAGUUGCAAGUGUGGAUCUCUAUGUAAGACUACUGUGUCCUUGCUAUUGCUAGCACUGUGUUUGAAUGUCUGUGCUUAGUCUUACGUGUGCAUGAAUGCAUGUGUGUGUGUAUUUAUGCAUUCAUGUACUACUGUAUGUGCGGUGCGCAAAUACUAUUCGUGCGUGCAAGCGUGUGUGUGUGUGUUGAUUGCUUUACUCACACAAGCAGAGGCUCCCACUCGCGUUGCUCUGAGCUUUGAGUGGGCGAAGGCCACAGUGGAGCUGAUAGAGGGAGACAGAGGCAGACAGAUGGAGGAGAGGGAGGGAAAUAUAGUGAUGAUGAAAGAGAGGAGAUGGGGAAAGAUUGGGAAAUUAGAUGCAGGUUGGUGCUGUAAAAUCCAGUUGUUAUUGUCUCCAGGGGAUUGGAGCCAGCCAGCCAGAGUCCCAGCCUCCCAGGCUCCCUCCCCCAGGCCCAGGGUCCCUGAGCCACACCCACCUCCUACUGGGGUAGAGAGAGGGGCCUCUGGGGGCAAACACCCAGGCAGCAUCUCCAUGCCAACACCGCAUGAGGGCGAGAUAAACAAAAACUCCCAUUUAUUUCAUUAUUUAUUCUCAUAAAAAUCAUAUCACCGUGGCAACAGGAGUUUGCAACUUUUCUCAUCGCUCUCUCUCUCUCUCUCUCUCUUUCUUUCUGUCUCUCUCGCUCUCUCUCACUCAGAGAAAAUCACUGAGCCGAGAAACAGCAUGAAUCUUCUACUGUCUGACUUACACAGGAAAAGCAUGCAUCACACAGGCACUCUCUUUUUCUCAGUACCACACACACACUUUAUCAUAUAUAAAAUGCCUGCUGUGUACUAUAUGUACUGCUAACAGACCCAGUGAUAAUGUGUUCAUGUGUUCUCAUGGUGUGGGAUGUGAUGUUUUGCAGUGUGCGGGGAUAUCCAUGGGCAGUUCUUUGACCUUAUGAAGCUGUUUGAGGUGGGUGGCUCGCCGGCCACGACGCGGUACCUAUUCCUGGGAGACUAUGUGGACCGGGGAUACUUCAGUAUCGAGGUAAGAGACACCCACCAAACACCCUCUUCCCUUAGUGCUCGCAAACUAUCUUUGUCUGUACUUAUAUCAGUGUUUAAUCCAACACCUCAAUUUAAACCAAUGCACAGAGACAGAUAUACCAAAUACACACUGCAGAGAUACACACAAGACACACGCUCUGGUGCUGGUUAAUGAUGACUUCUGCCCCAGGUUAUAAAUCCCCUAUAUUAUCUCUCUACCUGGUUGGUUAUGACUGGAGGGCUUUCCUAAUAGGAGCCAUUAGGAGCUCAUUCUCUCUGCUGAGGCAUAGGCUGCCUUUAGACUGGAGGUAUUCCUGCCGUUUCCACAUGGAAUGAGACGAAUGGCAUCUCUGUCCUGCUGCCUCCCUACCUGUGCCUCUCCGUGUGCUGUGCUGCUUCCCUGCGCUGCGUGAGGAGGAGCUAUAGUGCACUGAAACGCCGCAAAAACACCAGCGCUUCCCCCGGAAUCUGCCGUGAGGAGGAAGGAGGAAUCAUCCAAUCACAUGCAAUCGAUGCUGACACGUUGCCUUUGCAUAAAGGAAGGCUCUCCCGCUGGUCUGAAGGGUUGAUUAUCCCCAAACAGACUGGCUCCACACUAAUUCUCAUGAUUAGCACACUAUCUUUAUCAGCUGUCAGCAAAUCAAUGGCUGGGGGUCCUCAUCUGAUAUAUACUGAACAACAAUAUAAACGCAACAUGUAAAGUGUUGGUCCGAUGUUUCAUGAGCUGAAAUAACAGAUACCAGAAAUGUUCCGUACGCACAGAAAGCUUAUUUCUCUCAGAUUUUGUGCACAAAUUUGUUUACAUCGCUGUUAGUGAGCAUUUCUCCUUUGCCAAGAUAAUCCAUCCACCUGACAGGUGUGGCAAAUCAAGAAGCUGAUUAAACAGCAUGAUCAUUACAUAGGUUCACCUUGUGCUGGGGACAAUAAAAGGCCACUCUAAAAUGUGCAGUUUGUCACACAAUGCCACAGAUGUCUCAAGUUUUGAGGGAGCGUGCAAUUGGCAUGUUGACUGCAGGAAUGUCCACCAGAGCUGUUGGCAGAGAAUUUAAUGUUCAUUUCUCUACCAUAAGCUGCCUCCAACGUCGUUUUAGAGAAUUUGGCAGUAUCUCCAACCGGCCUCACAACUGCAGACCACGUGUAACCACGCCAGCCCAGGACCUCCACAUCCAGCUUCUUCAAUUACGGAAUCGUCUGAAACCAGCCACCCAGACAGCCGAGUAUUUCUGUCUGUAAUAAAGCCCUUUUGUGGGUGAAAAACUCAUUCUGAUUGGCUAGGCCUGGCUCCCCAGUGGGUUGGCCUGGCUCCAAGUGGGUGGGCCUAUGCCCACCCAUGGCUGCGCCCCUGCCCAGUCAUGUGAAAUCAAUAGAUUAGGGCCUAAAUAAUUUAUUUCAAUUGACUGAUUUACUUAUAUGAACUGUAACUCAGUAAAAUCGUUGAAAUGGUUGCGUGUUGCGUUUAUAUUUUUCAAAUAAAGGUCAAUUUUAGGCCUUUUCUGGUUUGAGCUCAAGGCAGUCAUUGAUCGUGAUACAGUCUGAUUUUAUAUCCCAUGUCAUGUUAUAUAAUGUUAAUUUUGUUAUCGUCAAGCUGCAGCCUGGUGCAGGCCUUUUUUCUUAGGUCCCGAACUGUGUAUUUGAUCAUUGUGCGUAUUUGUGUGUAUGUAAACUGAGCUAAUAACCCUAGCUAAUAACCCUUUAUCUACUCUCUUGACAGUGUGUUUUGUACCUUUGGUCGCUGAAAAUCCUCUACCCAAAGACGCUAUUUUUACUGCGAGGAAACCACGAAUGUAGACAUUUGACAGAAUACUUCACCUUCAAACAAGAAUGUGAGUACUCUCCAGAGAUGUUCUAUUUCUUUCUGUGUCAUCUCAUGCAUUGUUCCUUGAGAGGCUAUGAAAUGAUUCUUGAAAAACGAAAGCAUGCCACAUUAGAGAUAAGUAGUGGAUGGGUGGUUAGAGUGGAGGUCUCCCAUGAGGAGGAGCAGGCAGGAGGCUUCAAGGACAUGUAUACCUGAGAGAGUUGCAGCAGAGUUGACUGGAAACUAUUUCUGUAUCUUCUCCGGUGGCACAUCACCAUGGUUACCAAUGCUGUGAAAGGUUGGGGAUUAGGAGUUAAUGAAAAAACACUGCAUGGCAUACAUGCACACACACACACACACAAACAAAGAUGAAACAGAGCGAGCCUUGGGAGAAGGGUAAGAAGGUGUUGUGAUGAAUAUCAGAGAUCCCUGAGAUGGGAAGGAAUAGGACAGAAGGUAGAGGUGUUCUCUGGGUCUCGAUACAUCCACGGAGAAGUGCAUGAUGGGAGUCAUCUUGUUCUUCUCUGCUCAGUUGGAUCACACAAUACAGUAUAUCUUCUUGAGAGAGGAUGGUUGGAUGUUAUUAUGAAAAAAGUACAAAAAUGUAUGCACUCACUACUGUAAGUCGCUCUGGAUAAAAGUGCCUGCUAAAUGACUAAAAUGUAAAUGUUCUUGAGUGUGAGAUCUUGUGUUUGUUCUUACUUGGAGUAUCUAUUCCAGGCUGAAAUCUCUCUUACGUGUGAAUCAUGCAUUAAUGUCAAUGGACAGCUUAUGUAACAAUUGAAGUUAUUAGCCCAUAUCUCACAUCAGGAUUCCACCUUGAUGGAUGAUGAAUGUGGUCCCUGAGGUCCCUGUCUGUAUCAUUGUACUGAUCCAGUUGUUUCUGUCUGUCGCUCUCUGUGGUGGACAGGUAAAAUCAAGUACUCGGAGCAGGUGUAUGACUCAUGCAUGGACGCUUUUGACUGCCUUCCCCUGGCUGCCCUCAUGAACCAGCAGUUUCUGUGUGUCCACGGAGGACUCUCACCAGAAAUACACACCUUAGAUGACAUAAAGAAGGUACUGAACCAGCACCAUGGCACUGACAAGCCAUGCAUAGGAAAAUCACAUGAACUGUGUUUCAUGUCUUUGUAUACUUGAGUACAGCACUUUGUGUGUGUGCAUGCGUGCGUACCUGCGAGCGUGCUUACCUGUGUGCGUGAGUGAUCGUUGUUUUUGUGUUCGAAUAUUUGCGUGUUUGCUUGUGUUUGAAUUCAGUAUGUUUCUCUCUGCUGUAGAUAGACCGGUUCAAGGAGCCUCCAGCGUUUGGGCCCAUGUGUGACCUACUGUGGUCUGACCCUCUGGAGGACUUUGGCAAUGAGAAAACCCAGGAGUACUUCAGCCACAACACAGUCCGAGGCUGCUCCUACUUCUACAGGUCAGCUCUCUCUCUCUCCACCUCAACACUUUCUUUCUUUCAUAACUAUUCCUCAUGUUUUUAAGCCAUCAAUUAUCACUCUCUGAUCUGUCGACCAAACAAUUACCUCCAAACCAAACAGCAUGAAUCCUAUCUCAAAUUGUACACACACAGGGACAUACAGCACGUACAUACAAUACACACCCCCAAUGUGCAUCUGUGUUGCCGUGGUUCUGUAUCCUGUCAGCCAUAGUGUGUGGCAUCAUAUGUCAUGUCUGUGUGAGAUGCAGCCGCUGCACUGACCUACUUUCUGGGUGCCGAGGGAAUUUGGGCGGAAAGCCUUGGAUGUAUAGGGGCUGCAUACCGUAGGCUCUCCAGGAGCUCAGGGCACGGCCAUUAUUCUGGUUUUUUUCUUUCCUGCGCAAAUCUUUGAACACUUAAAUAUUUCACACGCUGAUGACAACUUAGAUGGGGCGUGGCUGUGGGGAGGGGUAGAGGGGAUGGUGGUGGUAGGAUGGAAUGGAUGGAGAUUUUGGUAUAAUACAUGGCUGUGGUAGGUGAAUACUCAUUAGAGGCUUUUUUUACACACAGAAACAAGUGCACACCUCAGGUCAUUGGUCUGUCAGUUUGAGAGGGGGCAUAUAGUAUCCUUGGUGAUAGUAGGUGGUAUUGGUGGAUCUCAGCUAACUUAUGUCCAUGUUUUAAAAAGGCUUUGUGUCCUUUUGUGGACUGUAUCAUUCUGACUGACCACAGCAAUACAUUAAGGGAACUAUCAGACAGCCACAUAACACUGAAUGUAGUCCCACCCAGCAUCCUUGUUAGGUGGUGGACUGAGCUUGUUUUGAUAUGAUGAGGUGAAAGCCCUAUGGUCUGGUUUGUCAGUGAGGACAAUAGUGUCUUCGGGGAACAGUUCAGUAAUGCGUCUCAUCAGUCCCCCUGUAACGCUAAGGUUUCAGCACCUGAAGGUUUUACCACUACAGUGGUCCAGAGAAACACCUCAGUAGCCAAAUCUGACACAGGAAUGAGAGACCCCCUUCUCUGACCAACUGAGCCAUGGAUUAAAAAACUGCAGCACAUUUGGGUCAAUCAAUAUGUAGGCUUGAGUCAUCAGUGUGUGCAUAACAAUAGUUUAUAACCAUUGUGAAAGUAAUCUUUUAUUUUCAGAUUUUGAUCAUUUACAACAGCAAUUUGCAUGUUUUAUUCAUGCUGAUUGUAGUCUCUCUUUUUUCUGUUGAUGAUCUCAUUGUGGUCCUCUGUAGCUCAGCUGGUAGAGCACGGUGCUUGUAACGCCAAGGUAGUGGGUUCGAUCCCCGGGACCACCCAUACACAAAUAUGUAUGCACGCAUGACUGUAAGUCGCUUUGGAUAAAAGUGUCUGCUAAAUGGCAUAUUAUUAUUAAAUGGCAUAUUAUUGUAUAUAGUGGAAGUAGCAUAGGGAAGCACUGUCAUAAUUAUCAGAGAGCUAGCUAGCAUCCAAGGCCGGAUUAAGAAAUCAUAGGCCCCAGGCUGUCUACACUCAUUGAGAUCGGGCUCCUGAGUCUUCCUGGGGUUGGCAGUUGCAGUGAAAAAAUAAAAAAGAUAUACUACAUACAGUGCAUUCGGAAAUUAUUCAGACCCCUAGACUUUUUCCACAUUUUGUUACGUUACAGCCUUAUUCUAAAAUUGAUUAAAUCGUUCAUCAAUCUACACACAAUACCCCAUAAUGACAAAGCAAAAGCAGGUUUUUAGAUUUUUUUGCAAAUGUAUAAAAAUAAUUUAAAAAAACGGAAAUAUCACAUUUACAUAAGUAUUCAGACCCUUUACUCAGUACUUUGUUGAAGCACCUUUGACAGCGAUUACAGCCUCAAGUCUUCUUGGGUAUGACGCUACAAGCUUGGCACACCUGUAUUUGGGGAGUUUCUCCCAUUCUCUGCAGAUCCUCUCAAGCUCUGUCAGGUUUGAUGGGGAGCAUCGUGCAAAGCUAUUUUCAGGUCUCUCCAGAGAUGUUCGAUCGGGUUCAAGUCCAGGCUCUGGCUGGGCCACUCAAGGACAUUCAGAGACUUGUCCCAAAGCCACUCCUGCGUUGUCUUGGCUGUGUGCUUAGGGUUGUUGUCCUGUUGGAAGGUGAACCUUCGCCCCAGUCUGAGGUCCUGAGCGCUCUGGAGAAGGUUUUCAUCAAGGAUCUCUCUGUACUUUGCUCCGUUCAUCUUUCCCUUGAUCCUGACUAGUCUCCCAGUCCCUGCUGCUGAAAAACAUCCCCACAGCAUGAUGUUGCCACUACCAUGUUUCACAGUAGGGAUGGAACCAGGUUUCCUCUAGACGUAACGCUUGGCAUAUAGGCCAAAGAGUUCAAUUUUGGUUUCAGCGGACCAGAGAAUCUUGUUUCUCAUGGUCUGCGAGUCUUUAGGUGCCUUUUGGCAAACUCCAAGCGGGCUGUCAUGUGCCUUUUACUGAGGAGUGGCUUCCAUCUGGCCACUUUACCAUAAUGGCCUGACUGGUGGAGUGCUGCAGAGAUGGUUGUCCUUCUGAAAGGUUCUCCCAUCUCCACAGAGGAACUCUGGAGCUCUAUCAGAGAGACCAUCGGGUUCUUGGUCACCUCCCUGACCAAGGCCCUUCUUCCCCGAUUGCUCAGUUUGGCCGGGAGGCCAGCACUAGGAAGAGUCUUCUUCCAUUUAAGAAUGAUGGAGGCCACUGUGUUCUUGGGGACCUUCAUUGCUGCAGAAUUGUUUUCAUACCAUCCCUAGAUCUGUGCCUCGACACAAUCCUAUCUCGAAGCUCUACAGACAAUUCCUUCGACCUUAUGGCUUGGUUUUUGCUCUGACAUGCACUGUCAACUGUGGGACCUUCAAUAGACAGGUGUGUGCCUUUCCAAAUCAUGUCCAAUCAAUUGAAUUUACCACAGGUGGACUCCAAUGAAGUUGGAGGAUGCACCUGAUCUCAAUUUCGAGUCUCAUAGCAAAGGGUCUGAAUAGUUAUGUAAAUAAGGUAUUUAAGUUUUUUAUUUUUAAUAAAUUUGCAAACAUUAAAAAAUAAACGUUUUCGCUUUGUCAUUAUGGGGUUUUGUGUGUAGAUUGAAAAAUAAAUGUAAUCCAUUUUAGAAUAAUAAUAUAACGUAACAAAAUGUAUAAUAAUGUAACAAAAUAAUAACGUAACAAAAUGUGGAAAAAGUCAAGGGGUCUGAAUACUUUCCGAAGGCAUUGUAUAUAAUAUAUACUGUACAUAUAAUAUAUACAGUAUAUCUUUCCUUAAUAAUUUCUUCUUUUUUUCUGCCUCUUGGGCUCCCCACGGACCUGGGCCCAAGGGCGUCAGCCCCAGUAAGCUCCUACAUUAAUCGUGCCCUUCUAGCAUCAACCACUGCUGUUUCAAAGACAUGCUUUUUUCAAAAUUAGCACCUUGUUUGGUUCUUUCAAUCCCUGUGAAUAUGCCUGCAGAAGAAACACAUUGGAUGCUCCGUUUUGUGUCUGCAACUGGAGGCAUGAAACAUUGGUGUGAGAGGGAAAAAACAAUGAAGUCUUGGGAAAUUGAUUUAAAUAGAUUUUACUAUAAGCCUACACAUACUAUGAUUAUUAACCAUAUACACAUCCUGGCUUCUUAACAUCUGUUAAGCUCAUAGAUUGAGAGGUACAAUUGGAGCUUCAGGAAUUGGAAUGGAAUCAAGCUGAAUCUGUAUCAGUGCUAGUGGGGGUUGUGAGGUUAAAGGAGAGUAAUGUAGAGGAGAUGAGAGGGGGAGUAGACAAGUACAUAGGGAUCUCCUACUCCAAACCAGGCAGUUGAAAUGCACCGUGGGUGAGCCGAGUCGAGCGUGGAAUAAAAGAAGGGCCAGUAUCAACUCAACACUGCCAUCUAUCCCACAAUCCCCCUGGGGCUCUGCAAUGAGCUGUUGCUAUGACAACUCACUCCUCCAGCCCAAACUGGAGCGAGUGAUAGGAAGAGGGAGAGCUACAAGGGAAGGAGUGAUCUGUGUAGAGGGAAGAGAGAGAGGUGGAGGACCAAUGCCGUCAAGCAGGCCAUCUCGUUAACAGUAUGCCUACAGGAGGGGAAAAUGUACCAAUCCUAACACAUUUCCUAUCGGGUAGAACUGACAGCCAGUUAGCCGUCAAAUGAGAGCUGACAUGAUGGUUUGUUGUGUUUUUUAAGGCCCAGUGAGUGGCAUUAAGUUGCUUUGGGUGAUCUGUGAGCCAUGUGCUGGGCUGGGAUGGGCUGGUACGUCUUACAUCAUGCUGAGCAGUGAUGCUCUGCACUGUUUUGUUGUAGGACAAUGUCAAUGUUCUACUCUGUGUCUGGACCAGGGGUGUCAUGCUCAGUCAUGCUCUGUUUCGUGAAUGUAAUAUGCAGAAAAUAAUGUUUUGGCACUGUGUAUUCAGUUGAAUUGAAUGUGUAUGCUCUGUUACACAAUACUUCUGCGUUCGGCAUGUUGUUCGGUUCUAUAGGUCAGGCUGUGUUGCUCUGUGAUAUGUGUCAAAAAGUGUGAAUGUAUAUAUGACAUCCCUAAACCCUCUAUCGCUCUCUUUUCUGCCUUGUAGUUAUCCAGCUGUAUGUGAUUUCCUACAGAACAAUAACUUAUUAUCAGUCAUCCGAGCACAUGAAGCACAAGAUGCUGGGUAUGUACCCCUACAUCUCUCGCUCUCUCGCUCUCUCUCUCUCUCUCUCACACUUUUCAGUAGCUUUGAUACAAUUCAUGAUUUAUCCAGAUUAUUAACUUGAAAACACCUCUCACUCUCUAUCUGUUGGUUUCCUAUAGCUACCGGAUGUACCGGAAGAGCCAGACCACCGGCUUCCCCUCCCUCAUCACCAUCUUCUCAGCGCCAAAUUACCUUGAUGUUUACAACAACAAAGGUCAGUCUAUCUGCUCCAUGUAUUUGUAGUGCUACUGUAUGAGUCUAUGUGAACCAGUAAAUACUUGUAGUGAAUGUAUGCUGGAACAAGUGUUUGUUGGUGGGUGGUGUUCAAUGUGUGGCUUGUGGAGAUGGAUAGUGGGACAUGGGGAGAGCGUGGGAGGGACUGUCGGUAUGACUGACUAUCUCCAUGUGGCUUUAUCUCUCCUGAUGGAACUGUAAUAGCACUUCUGGGGCUCAAGAGGGGCACCUAGUGGUUGAUCCUCUCAUCUCCUUUCUCUCUAUGUGUCUCUGCCUGUCUCUGUUUCUUCUUGUGCCUCUGUUUCCCUCUCACUCUGUCUCUUCCUCUGCCUCUGUCUGUCUCUGUGUUUCUGUGUCUGUCUCUGCCUCUGUCUGUCUCUGCCUCUGUCUGUUUCUGUGUCUGUCUCGGUCUGUCUCUGCCUCUGUCUGUCUCUGUGUUUCUGUGUCUGUCUCUGCCUCUGUCUGUCUCUGCCUCUGUCUGUCUCUGCCUCUGUCGGUCUCUGCCUCUGUCGGUCUCUGCCUCUGUCGGUCUCUGCCUCUGUCGGUCUCUGCCUCUGUCGGUCUCUGCCUCUGUCGGUCUCUGUCGGUCUCUGUCGGUCUCUGUCGGUCUCUGCCUCUGUCGGUCUCUGCCUCUGUCGGUCUCUGCCUCUGUCGGUCUCUGCCUCUGUCUGUGUGCGUUUCUGUCUCUGCCUCUGUCUGUUUCUGUGUCUGUCUCUUUCUCACACACACCCACACAAACAUAUCAAGAUCUGCACCCCCAUGUUGCUCCAGCCUAGUAUCUCCUUGCCACUUACGAGCCAUUGUGUUAUAAGAGCUCUGCUCUUGGUAUGAUUUUAUGAUUAUUACAUAUUUUUCAUUGUGGCGGUGUUUUAUAAAGUUAUUAAAAGAAAUGGUGUGUUUUUAGAUGUCAUGGAUUGUGUUACAUCUUUUAGUAAAAAGGUUUCUUCCUAUAGCCUAUAGCAUCUGUUUGUCAAGAGAAUAAACUAAAAUAUCAUGCUUAUACUGUAUAUAGUGGAAGUAGCAUAGGGAAGCAUUGUCAUACUUAUCCUAGAGCUAGCUAGCAUCAGCCACUGCUGUUUCAAAUACAUGCUUUAAAUGUUUUUACAAAAAUCUCUGAAUAUGCCUGGGGAAGAAGCACAUCAGAUGCUCCGUGUUCUGUCUGCAACUGAAGACAUUAAACGUUGGUGUGAGAGGGAAAAAACUAUGCCGUCUUGGGAAUUGACAGGAUUUCAAACUUAUUUUCAUGCAUAUGCUUGCAGCAAAAUAACGCAUGCUGCGUCAUUCAUAUAGAAGUGGGCUCAAAAUGGAGAAUGUUGAUAUUGAACAGUGAGCUGGAAGACAUACAGGGCUUUAAUAAUGUAUCACUCAACACACUGAUGGUCAUUUUUACUGUAUUGUUUCUGUAUAUCUACAUGUUUCAAGCAGACCACCAUAGUCCCUGUGCUCAAGAACACUAAGGUAACCUGCCUAAAUGACUACUGACCCGUAGCACUCACGUCUGUAGCCAUGAAGUGCUUUGAAAGGCUGGUCAUGGCUCACAUCAACACCAUUAUCCCAGAAACCCUAGACCCACUCCAAUUUGCAUACCGCCCCAACAGAUCCACAGAUGAUGCAAUCUCUAUUGCGCUCCACACUGCCCUUUCACACCUGGACAAAAGGAACACCUAUGUGAGAAUGCUAUUCAUUGACUACAGCUCAGCGUUCAACACCAUAGUGCCCUCAAAGCUCAUCACUAAGCUAAGGACCCUGGGACUAAACACCUCCCUCUGUAACUGGAUCCUGGACUUCCUGACGGGCCGCCCCCAGGUGGUAAGGGUAGGUAACAACACAUCCGCCACGCUGAUCCUCAACACGGGGGCCCCUCAGGGGUGCGUACUCAUUCCUCUCCUGUAUUCCCUGUUCACUCAUUACUGCAUGGCCAGGCACGACUCCAAGACCAUCAUUAAGUUUGUCGAUGACACAACAGUGGUAGGCCUGAUCACCGACAACGACGAGACAGCCUUUAGGGAGGAGGUCAGAGACCUGGCCAUGUGGUGCCAGGACAACAACCUCUCCCUCAACGUGAUCAAGACAAAGGAGAUGAUUGUGGACUACAGGAAAAAGAAGAGGACCGAGCACACCCCCAUUCUCAUCGACGGGGCUGUAGUGGAGCAGGUUGAGAGCUUCAAGUUCCUUGGUGUCCACAUCACCAACAAACUAACAUGGUCCAAGCACACCAAGACAGUCGUGAAGUGGGCACGACAAAACCUAUUCCCCCUAAGGAGACUGAAAAGAUUUGGCAUGGGUCUUCAGAUCCUCAAAAGGUUCUACAGCUGCACCAUCGAGAGCAUCCUGACUGGUUGCAUCACUGCCUGGUAUGGCAACUGCUCGGCCUCCGACCGCAAGGCACUACUACCCCCCCCCCCCCCUUUUACACUGCUGCUACUCUCUGUUUAUUAUCCAUGCAUAGUCACUUUAAUAACUCUACCUACAUGUACAUCAUUUAUUACCUCAAUUACCUCGACUAACCGGUGCCCCCGCACAUUGACUUGGUACCGGUACCCCCUGUAUAUAGCCUCACUAUUGUUAUUUUACUGCUGCUCUUUAAUUAUUUGUUACUUUUAUUUUGUAUUAUAUUAUAUUGUAGUUUCUUGUGUGAUUUUUUUUUUGGUAUUCUUUCUUAAAACUGCAUUGUUGGUUAAGGGCUUGUAAGUAAGCAUUUCACUGUAAGGUCUACACAUGUUGUAUUCGGCGCAUGUGACAAAUACCAUUUUAUUUUAUUAUUAUUUUGUGUAGUAUGUGUGUAUCCAUGUAGAUGCAGACAUGUUUAUGUUAACGUGACCCUCUCUGUUGUUCUCCCUCCACAGCUGCAGUACUGAAGUAUGAGAACAAUGUGAUGAACAUCCGGCAGUUCAACUGCUCCCCUCAUCCCUACUGGCUGCCCAACUUCAUGGACGUGUUCACCUGGUCCCUGCCCUUUGUGGGGGAGAAGGGUACCACUACCACCUUUUCUCAUUCAUUAGUAGCACAUGUAUUUGUGUAAUGACUAAUUGCUGUGCUGUGCUGUGCUGAUUAAUACUGGUUAAUCACAUUGACCUAAGUUAGGGGUUCCCCAACCUUUUCUGCACACAACCCCAAAUUGACACUAGAAAAUGCAGAGGACCCCAUUUUGAUUUUUUAAAUGUAUUUCCUGACCCCAAGUUUGUGUUGAGAAUAAUCUUAAUUUGAUAGUCUAUACAAACAUAGUCUAUACCAACAUUAAGCAUGACACUGGCAGGGCUCUCAGACUGAUACGCUAAGCGAUGACUUUGUCCUUCAAUAUUUACCCUCUUACUACAUUUUAUCAUAAACAAAUAUGUAUGGCAGCACCCUCAUCUGAGAACCUUUGACCCUUCUCCAGUCACAGAGAUGCUGGUGAACGUGUUGAGCAUCUGCUCUGACGACGAGCUCAUGAAUGACGGAGACGACCAAGAGAUCCUCGACGGUGAGUCACUCAUAUACUGUACUGUUAAGAGUCCAAUGCAGCCCUUUUUAUCUCAAUAUCAAAUCAUUUCUGGGUAACAAUUAAGUACCUUAACUGGUCAAAAAGAAACAAAAAUAGCUUCUUAGCAAAGAGCAAUUUCUCAAGCAAGAAUUUUGCUAGGACUGUCUGGGAGGGGAAAACUGAAAGGUUUGGAACUCUCUUUCUUAUUGGUCUAUUAACUAAUUGAAUUGAAUUCAGGCAGUCUUUUCAUAUAGCUCUUACACUAAAAGGGCAUCAUAAUUUUCACAAUUUCACAGUAUUAUUCCAACCUCAUAGUGUGGAAAUAUAUAUAAAACCAGGAAAAUCUAGUUUUUGACUGCACUGGGCCUUUAAGAAUCCAUUAGCGCUAUAGUGUCUCACAUUCCCCUCCCUGGCAUAGAUCCUGAUAAACAAUUAAAAACAUGUUAUUCGUAUAUUAAAUGUCCUCUGGGUAUUUGUUUGUUAUGAGGGGCUCUUUGAAUUACCUGUAAAGAAUAUAAAUGUAUCACUUCAAUGUGGCCCACAGACUUCACUCCUGAUAUCUGAAAAUGAGUGUUCCCUCUUUCUAGCCAACGCAGCUGCAGCUCGGAAGGAGGUGAUCAGGAACAAGAUCCGCGCCAUUGGGAAAAUGGCCACGAUGUUCAAAGUGCUUCGGUGAGAACGUUCUUCACCUCACGUCACAUGAGCUGUUAUACAUGAACAUAUCUCUAAUAUGGAAUAUAGAGUUAUUACAAUCGAGUGGCUAUACAGUAGAAGCCUAAAUGAGUGAACUUUGUGGAUGCCCUCUGACCUGUGUGUGGUGAUGUGUGCCCUGCAGGGAGGAGAGCGAGAACGUGUUGACACUGAAGGGUCUGACGCCUACUGGCAUGCUGCCCAGCGGGGUGCUCUCCGGGGGCAAACAGACCCUACAGAGUGGUGAGGAAGAGGCCCAAGCCAGGCCAGGGCUUUUCUAUCCUUCUCUCCUCCCCUCCUCCCCAGUCUAUCCGUUCCUCUUUCUUUCACUGUGACUCUUACUCUCUUUCUGUCACAGUCUCCGUCGCUCUCCGUCUCUCCCUGGGUCUUUGUCUUCGUAUCCGUCCUCUGGUCCCUUUGUUUCUGACCCAGGUUUGGGCAGCCACCCGUGACUCUGCAGGACUGCGGAUUCUGCCCCCUUUAGCUAUAGCUCGACACUAGAGAGAGACAGACAGUAAUCUCACCUGUAUUUACUCCCAUCGAGUUGCCCUUUGAAAAGCUGGGUGAGGUGUCUGUGGCCCUCCAGAGUCACUCUAGCCCAGCCCUGGGCUGUUCAUCAGUCCUUUGGUCACUCAGUAUGUUGUGUGCUACAGAGACUGGAGUGGGCUGCUGGUCCAUGGCACUCCUCUGAUCCAGCCUGCCUGGCUGUGUUGCUGGGUUAAAUGUGUCUCUUGCUGGUCUCUCGCUAGCUGCCUACCUACCGCCAGGGGCUGCAUUCUGCAUCUGCAUGGCUUUGUCAGAAGUAACCUGCUCCCCUCCUUUCCCCCCCCAGCCACCACCGAGGCCAUCGAAGCCAUCGACACAGAAACUGAGGAUGGAGAAGGUAAAGCUGCGUCCCCCACCCCACCCCUCUCAGCAGGCUUGCCUGCAGGACAUGCAUUGGGUCAACUACCCAUCAGUGACAAUAGCAGUUCAUAUUCAGCCUGCAUCAAACAUCUCAGGGGGACAGUUGGAUUUAGAAUGGGUAGCACGGAACUUUGCAGUACCUUGAUUACAAGAGAUAUCAAUGUAAAUAUCUCAACUAUAUAAAUUAUGAUGUAAGGGUCAAGAUAUAUAACUUACAAUAAUUACAUGGUGUGCUCAUGAAAAACAAAGCUUUUUCACAAGUUUGAUUGUUUGAUACCUUACAUAAAAAUACAAACACACAUAUAUAAACAAAUAUACCGGUACAUAUAAACACAUGGAUUUGUAUGUAAGUAAUUUAAGCCAUGCAAAGUGAGGUGCUACCAAGAGCUGCAUGAUGGUUUUGGGUACCUUUUUAUGCUCAGGCAUGAUUCCUUCUUUAAUUUUUGGGAUUUGGCUUAUCUUCCGCCCCCAUCUGGUUCGAAGAUGCAUCGCAUGCAGGGAGAACAGGACACAGGCGAGCGCAAUGGCUGAAAUACAGUAUGCAUCAUGAUGUCAACUGAAUGGUAUCAUGAGCGUGAUGCUAUCUGUGUGAACCAUAGAGUCCCUGGACACUUAAUGCCCAUUUGACAGCUACAGUUAAACAACUGCCUGCAUCACGACAGGGUUAAGUGAACGGGCAUGAACUAACACACUAUCAGGACUACGUAUGUAGCAGUGGAGGCGGCUGAGGGGAGGACGGCUCAUAAUAAUGGCUGGAAUGGAGUCAAUGGAGUGGUAUCAAUCACAUGGAAACCAAGUCUUUGAUGUGUUUGAUACCAUUCCAUUGACUCCAUUCCAGCUAUUAUUAUGAGCCGUCCUCCCCUCACCAGCCUCCUCUGGUAUGUAGUAUGUCAUGCUUAUGCCAUGUAGCUGCUAGUGUAAUGUCAUGUUGGCUUCAUGAUGCAUAAUAAUAACAACAGUAAAAGAAGGGUGCCCUUCGGGUAAAGGAGGGCGCUAUUAUGGUAAACAAGGGUCCCAUUUUAGUAAAGGAGGGUGCCAUUCUAAUAAACAAAUGUGCUAUUCUAGUAAACGAGGGUGCAAUUCUAAUAAACAAAUGUGAUAUUCUAGUAAACGAGGGUGCUAUUCUAAUAAACGAAUGUGCUAUUCUAGUAAACAAGGGUGCCAUUUUAGUAAAGGAGGGUGCUGGGUGCUAUUGUAGUAAACAAGGGUGUCAUUCUAAUACAGGACAGGAGGGUGCUAUUAUAGCCAUGGUUUCUCUGAGUGGCUGUGUGAGAGUCGUUCAUUCAUUCUCUCAGAUGUUUCUCUUAGAUGAGCCUGUGAAUAUCCAAAGGGUUCUGGUAUCACUCUGUCCACAAUUAAAUCUAUUCAUUAUCUAUUCUUUAUCUUACUCUAAGCUGUGUUCGGAUGUUGUCUUUCUAGACUUGUGUCAAAUGAUCUUUGAAUUCACAAUGCUAACUUUUACUGCUGUGUGACAUGAGAACGCUAUGUUUAAGUGACUGAAAUAUUGUGUAAUGUUCUAUUACGUUUGGGCCAAGUAUGGUACUUACCAAUAAUAUUUUAUAAUUUGAGCGUGCACAAAGAGGUAUUUCAAAGGAUUUAAAAUCAAGGUUUAUUAUUGACAUCCCCUGUGUGUCCCCUCUCUCCUCCCACCUGUCCCUCCCUCAGCCAUCCGUGGAUUCUCUCCCCAGCAUAAGAUCGCCAGCUUCGAAGAAGCCAAGGGGCUAGACCGUAUCAACGAGCGCAUGCCCCCCCGCAGAGUCGGGGUCAACCAUGUGGGACAGUCCAUGGGCAAGAUGAACAUGUCCGAGGCCAACGGCACGGACGACAAUGACAAUGACACCAGCAACAUCCAGUGAUGCUGAGGCCUGCCCCAGAGCCCAUGCCACUGCUGCGCUGUGCGGCAAGACAUCGCCAAAUCGUGAUAUCAGGCCUCAGAAUAAAGAUACAACAAAACACACCCACAGACACAACACAACAUCUGCAUCAGCCGCUGCUGCUCCUACAUCCAAUUAGAGAAACUAAUCAAAUGUUAAAUCUCUUGUACAAAUGGGUAAGGUGGUAUAUUUUUUGACGCCAGGUCACCACAUGGGGGAACUGAGCUCAGAAGGGGAGGUUUUCCCGCUCUUUGGUCUGUGGAUUGGGAGGGGCUAGUGGGGUCAGAGUUUAGGGAAGGGACAUGGAGGAGGAGAGGAGAGGCGAGUGGGGCAGGAUGCAGGGGACCUUGUUGGGAUGAGAACCAGGGGUGUGGUCCUGUGGGUGUGUCUGCUGUUCCCUCUCUCAGUCCAAUCACAGACCGAGUGGGCGAGGUUUAG